AUGAUGAUAGCCGUACACACCAUCCGAGCUCCUUCCAGAACACCUCCUUCCGAUUCAUCCGCCAUGAGUAUCUGGACGUCCUAUGAUGCCAUGAUAGACUCUGCCAAUGCAGCUGCAUACAAGCCAAUGAAGAGAAAGCGGGAUAGCUUUGAAGCGUAUGACUUUCAAGUUCACAAGCAACCUCAGAGAAUGCGGUAUAGUCUGCUACGGGAAGACGCUAACCAAGGCACAUUGCUUCAGGAACGGCAAGACGGUGUAUAUCAUCGCGAUAGCCUCCUCAGCCUGACAAGCCGAGCUCUCUCCGACAAACCACGUCUGGUGACGCCUCCCCCCAUCGAAAGUGCCCAACGAGUAUCUACCAGCAAGAGUCAUGAAACCAGGAAGGUUCGUCGGAACAAGAAGGUCAGGAAGGCCAAGAGGGGAUCGCCGCGAAUGACAAAGAAACAUUAUAACAAGAAAAAGCGAAUGGAAAUGAUGCAGGCCACAAACCGGCAGAUUCAGAGCAUCCUGGGGGGCUCGAGACUUCAAAUACCUGCCCAGGCUAUGCAGCGGGUCAUGUACUACCGAAAGAAGGUAGAACAGUUGGAUCUAUCGCUACGGGAUCAAUGCCAUAGUAUCGUUUAUAAAGAGCAGGAUAUCAAGUCCUGGUUGGGGAUGACGACCAGGAGCAGAUCCCAGAUCAUCAGUCUCCGGAAGCGUCUGCACGACCGCUGGGCUGAAGUGAAAGACUUGCAAAGCAUAGUCAAGCCAAGGCGACAGAGGCUCAAGAACCUGAAGUUUGCCGCACUUUGCGAAGAACGAUCCAUUGCGGAGGAAUGUUGA